AUGGCGACCUCCCAGAUGCCCGCCCGAGGUGCUCGUGGAGCCCCGGAGUUUGAUUCGUCGAAACCGCGCCAGCUACCUCGAUACUUCAGUGAUCUCGAGCUGGAAUUUGCUCGAGUCGGGGUCACUGAUGAGACGGAAAAGAAGAGGCAUGCGACGAGAUAUGUCAGCGUCGACGACCAGGACACCUGGGAAUCACUCACCGAGUUCACGUCCGUCACGACCACCUACGCCGACUUCAAAAAGGCCGUCUUGAAGCUCUAUCCCGGCACAGACUCUGAUCGAAAGUAUACGAUGUCGGAUCUCCAUUCGCUGAUCGGCGAAUACGCAACAUCUGGCAUCCUGUCGCUGUCAGACUACAGCGAGUUCUAUAGGCGCUUCAUCACGAUCACGACGUACCUGAUCUCAAAAGGGCGUCUCUCGACUGCUGAACAAAGUCGUUCAUUCUGCCGUGCCAUCUCCCCGCCCACCCUCUGGACUCGUGUAUCACAGCGAUUGCAGAUCAAACGCCCAGACAAUCACCCCGACGACCCAUACAACCUUGCGGAUCUCACCGAAGCAGUCGAAUUCGUCCUGGCCGGUCCUGUCACGCUCAACGCGCCGCCCCUAUCGUCAGUACCGCCCUCCCAAUCGGCCAGUUCUACCGCCGUCAAAUCCGAGCCCGACUUUGGCGCGCUGCUCGAGACCAUGAACGGUCUAAUGAAGGUCUUGCUAGCGCAGCAGCAGCAGCCCAGUCGCCCAUAUGCGAGCCCGUUGCCAGCCAGCCCAUCGGCACCCCGACGAGAAGGCGACCAGUGCGUGUACUGUGGAGGCGACCAUUACAUCAGUCGCUGCCCACUUGUCGAAGAAGAUACGAAAGCUGGAAAAUGUAAGCGUGAUAUCGAUGGACGUGUGGUGCUCCCUACCGGGGCGUUCGUUCCCCGCAGAAUCCCCGGCGUCAAUCUCAGAGCCCGUAUCGAGGAAUGGCACAAACAAAACCCUGGUCAGCUAGCCGCCGGUCAGAUGAUGCUCGAAGUGCCCACGCACCUGUCGUCGUCGUAUCCUGCGUCUUCCCAGUCCAAUCCCGCUGCCACAUUCGUCCUGUCCGAAGAAGAGCGCCUUGCGAGUCUGGAGAAGGAGAUUUUUGCGAUCCGCACGCGCGCCCAGGCACGACGUGCUCUUGCCGCCGGCGCAUCCGGAGAAUCGGUCGAGGAACCAGAACAACCGGUACGCGCGUCGGUACCGCCUCCAACGCCUCCAGCGCCUCCCAUUGCCCCUGCCGUUCCGCCCAGUAUCAUGACACGGCCCACAAAAGAGAACUCACCUGAACACCCCUACGCCCAUAUUCGCGACGCUGCCUAUGCCCCGCCACGCGACCGAAACGUUGGGGCCAAGCCUCCAGUCCACGCGGCAAAGAAGAACGACCCAGCUUACCGGACAACUGCGCCCAUUUUCGAUGAAAAGAUCGCCUCCAAGGUUUUCGACCGGUCCAUGGACGCGCCUAUCACCCUGACCCACCGAGAGCUCCUCUCCCUGUCGCCAGAAUCGCGCAAGGCAAGGCACCAACAACGGCACCCCAGCUAA